GAUACUAUUUCAACAAUAAAUUAAUCCUCAGACUUCUUUGGUCUGCUUUGAGUGCAGUGACAGACAAUUUUACUUUAUAUGGCUCUUAUUUCUCCUUUGAAUGAUUUCUAUUGUAUAUUUCAAGAACAAAAGACCUUCUGUCUGCAGUCUUCACAGACACGUCUCAGAGCAUACAUAAUAAAACCAUGUAAAAGUCAUUAAGACAUGAAACAUAAUUAAAUAUUUAUGUGCAACAUCUGUGUACGUCUUUGUUUUUGUUACCGCUAUAAAAUGUUUGUCAAAAACAAAAACAUUGACAAAUUGACAAAAAAAGUUCAGUAAUGUAUAAAAAGGAUGUGGGAUGUAGGUUCUGUUUAGUCAGGGCAGAGGGCUAGUUUCCCACCCGACAGUUUGCAGAGACGGUGCUAAAUGUUCAUUUAAAUUUAUAUUUUUAAAUUAAUAAAAAACUUUUUGGUUCUGACUGUGUUAAAAAAACAGGGUAUAUGUAUACAAUUGAAUACUAUUGCACAGUACUGCAUGUUCAUGUCCACAAUAGUUUCAUCGGUGUUUUUACUCAGAUGUCAUAACCCUAAAGUGGGUCACAGGGCUGGACAAUAGUACAGAAAACACUCCAGUUUUGUCCUUUUCUCACAGCCUGCACACUCAACCAUGGGUUUUUGUAGAAGAUGACACCUGUGUGUCGGCACAGGUGUACUAUAUAGUCGGCAAUGCUUUGAACUCCAUUGAAUGCCUUUGGUGGGCAGGUGAAUCAGAAAGGAAAGGAUAACAUGUAUUAUAUUUAUGUGGGUCAGGAUUUACAGACUGGAUUUAUAAAGACAUAUAUAUAUAUUUAUAAAGACACAUAUGUACUGUACAUAUGUCUUUAUAAAUCCAGUCUGUAAAUCCUAACCCAUAUAAGUAUAAUAAUAAAUAAUAUAUCCAAUUAAGACGUCUCUGUGACAAUGGUGACAGACUGUAGUAAUGACUUGACGAUCAGACAGUUUAGCAGAUUAACUCAACUGCCAAUGUCCAUUAAAACUAACUUGGGUUUGGAAUUUUCAUUCAUAGCUGAUCCACAGAACAUCGACUUCAUUAUACUUUGUGGUGUAUGUGUGUAUGUGUACAAUGAGUAACACUAGCUUCUACUCAGAACAUUAGCAUUAGUUAUAACAAAGCCUGUUUCAGUCCGAGGUAAACAAAGACAAUACUUGUGUGAAGAGAAAUGGCAUCACAUCACAAUUUCAUAGUCACUGUAUACCAGGCAACCGAUGAAGGCAGGAAGCCAUGCAACGCCUUAGUCAGGUUGUAAUGCGACUAUAAGACUGUCACCCACCAAAGACUCUGGGAUGUUAAUUUGACUUUUGGAAAGUCCAGGAACGGCCAACAAAGGUUCAUAAAAGAGGAAAAGGUACGAAGGAGAAAGAUGUCAUUUUUUGCAUGUUUGUACAGCGAUUAACAGUUAACUGUGGAGCUGUGGCACAGGAACUGUUACUGUAGCAUAUGUGUCUGGCUAAUUACACAUACAUUUGCCUUAAAAACAAAUAAAUAAAUGGGGUACAGAGCAGUAAACAGAUCUAUGUGGAAGCCAAGGGUUUAAAGUACAAGCUGCGUAAAUGAGUACAUGUCCAUGAACAACCUCGUCUACAACAUCUGCUAACAUCCUUUUACUGGAGAGCAAACAUUUACACAGGACAAACAAGGCACAGCCCACAACCAAGAUGAAACUGUCAAUCAAUCUAACCUUUACAUAUAUAAAAAUGGACAACUGAAGUUCAACACAUGCUAAAGGAUAUGUCCGCAAAGCUUUGUAAAGCAAAACACUGUUGUUAGAGGUUGAAGGCAGAUCAAGUUAGCAUUGGCAGUUAUACUUUCGAGGUUCUAGACAUCUUGCUGUAGUUGUUAUAGACCACAUCAUGGCAGGUAGGGAGAAACAAUAUGGGUGUGGUUUUACCUACUCUCCCCAAAAGUGCUAUCAGGUAAAGGAAUCAAGUUCCACAGAGUAUCAGUUGCAAAACAUACAAGCAAAAUUAAAAGGGGGGAAGGGACCUCUGAGCUUAAACACAGCAGGGAUGACAAACAGGUUUCUUAUAAAUCAAAACAGGUGUGUCUGCAGUGGUAGAACUGACAGUGUGAGGGUGGAGCUGCAAAACUGUGUGCCACACAACUUCACAUGACAGCAGUGCUGCACUAGCAACACAAGGAGAAUCUCUUUCUUCAGGACACAAGUUAGGAUUCUGAUGACAACAGCAUUUUCUAGACUACAGUAAUCAAAGGGUAAUGCUUUCUGGAACUACAAAGAUUUAUUACAUUUAAAGUAAAUGUCGCAUAUGUUCAAGUAUUAAAUACUUAAACAACAUAACCUUCUCGUUUACUUGCAAAGGAAGCGUAUAUGCAACAUUAGGUGAAUAGGACACUGCAAUAAUAGUGAACUACACAAGUGUUUAAGCUCUUCUCUGAUAACCCCAGGUCAACAGAAGCCUAAAUGUCAACGGAAAUACCAGUUUUACCGGACAUUCCACAUUCCGCCAAAAUGCUUGCUGUUAUAGAACAAUGGGACACAAACUCUGGCAGUCAUGUAGACAACACUGCCAAGUUCCUAUAUAUCACGCUUUUUAAAAGUGCAAUGGACACAGCAGUCUUUUACUUCUUUUGCUGUCGGUUUCAUGCUUCCUUUUUUAACAUGUGUAGCCUGUUCAUUCUCCUGAGCGACUCAGUGAUGGUGGUGGUAAUGUCAGCCCUGUGGCUGCUCGGCCCUCAACUGUCUCCUGUGACAAUGUGUGGCUUCAUGGCUUAUAUUUCCACUAUGUGUGCAGCACUGCCAGUGCCCAUUGUGUGUGUGGGUCUGUUGGACUACUUAGUAGACUCAAACAGCCUCAGCAAAAGAAGAGUGUCCUGCAAAUCCCUUAUAUAUACGGUGUUAGCAUUGCUGUUGUGGACUUUUGCUGGUGUUUAUUCCUUUUUUACCACCAACACUGAGCAGAUGGUACUGAUUUAUGAGACAGGGGUGGAGGCCUCCACGUGUGAAGUACAAGAGUCCUUCCUGGUUACCUACUCCCUUUCAGGACUUUUUAUCUUGGUUAUUUUAAUAAUGGUGCCAUUCAGGUCCAGCAUAAUCAAAUGGAAUGAAGAGGCUGACAUGUUAUCUGCACUACGAGAAGAAAAUGACAACCAGCGGAGCAACUUUUUCAUCAAAACCACUUCUACAGAGACGAAAAGCAUCGAGGGCGCUUAUCCGGAAGAGAAAACCGAGCCUAGACCUCCUAUGUGGUUCAGUCUAAUCCUGGGCUUCAGUACAUUUUGGAUGCCUUAUCUUACUGUCACUACGUUUUGUCAAGUCUUUGGAUUCAUGAUACCUGCCUACAUCAGCAUAAACCUUCUCUGGUGUGAGUGCAUCAACAGUUUAGUGAUGGGUGCAGUGUUUUGGGUAAAGAGCAAGACCUUUGGGCCGUACUGCAGUCAACCAGAUAAUGUUUGCUUAUGGCAAGUUUACUGGCAUUUGAGCAAAGGAACCUGGUGGAAGACGCUCCCUGCAGUUGUGCUUAAUCCAACAAAGGGAAGGACACAAUCUCUGCUCUAUGUGUAACAGCUCUGGUUUAACUGUAAGGUUUUCUUAAGAGUAAUAUAAUAAUCUGAAGAGGUUUUCUUCCUUUUCUUUUAAUGGUCUUUACCUUUAAAACGAAAUCUUUAAUUUAAGUAUGUUAAACUUUAAGAUUAGGUUUUUCAUAUGGGAAAGUCAUAAAUGUUCUGAAACCACAAUGAAUUUUGUAUUUUUUUUUAUAUAAAAUAUGCCUUUUUACAAUCAUAUUCUUAGAUUAUUUAAACUGGUGUGGUUGUCCAAACGUGUAUCAAAUCAAUUAAAAUGAUUUUUCCUAUCAAAAUUGCUU